AUUUUAGUCUACAAUAAACGACGAGACGUGUUAGAUGUGUUGCUGGCGCGGUUUCGUGGAAAACGUGUGAGAAUAUUGUGUAAGAAGACGACUGUGAAGAAAACAAAAAAUGUUUUUACGCAAUUUGAAGAAAUUAAAAAAUAUAAUUAUAUAUUAACAAGAGAAUAUUGCGAAGUGUGACUUGUUGAAAAAAUUAUAUAAAAUAGUGAAAAAUUAAAAGAUAUUAUAAACGACUUUUUAUCGUUACAAGCAUUGAAUACGAACACCAGCAAGUGUUAGUUCGCGUCUGAGUUUUUAUAAACAUUAUUGUGUUGCGCAAAUAAAAAUUUUGUCCAAAAAAUAAAUAUUUAACAAAAAAAAAGGUAUAAGACACUCCAAUUGAUUUAAUGAAAAUGGUAAAAGUUGCCGGCUUGCCACCGACGAAUGCGAUCAGUGAUCAUCAAGCACUCGCCUUAAGCUACAGCCAACACUUACAGCAACAACACCAACAGCAGAGUCAAAGCCAGCAGCCGCUAAAACAGCAAGAUACCGUUAACCAACAGCAACAAACGCCUCCAUCGAUUAGCGCCCAAACUGCUUACACGCUGGCCGAAUCCGCAUUGCAACACUCGCUGCUCUAUAAGAUGGCGCGCACACCGCAUCUCAAAUCGAGCUUCUCGAUCAAUUCGAUCUUGCCCGAAACGCUAGAGGAUCACCAACAACAACAGCAGCCGCAGCAACAUUCACCACAACACCACCCACUACAUCAGCUGCAGCAACAUCCAGCGCUACAACAACAUUACCCACUGUUGCAUGGACAACAGCAACAACAGUAUCCACCGCCACACGAUAUCGAUAAAUAUCGACGCAUGCCACAGCAUAGCUUUCACCCCUGCCACUCACCACUCGGUUCGGAGGAGCACGAUGCGUCCGAUGUGGAGUCUGAUCUUGAUGUGACCAGCAUGUCUCCACCACCACUGACGGAGGGCAGUGAAGUGAGUGCGCACAGCGCGGAGAAUGGCAAACGGAAAUACCGACGUAAUGGACGUGGUGGCACUGGUGGACAUGCCGAUGAAAGUGCCGACAGCGAGCUGGAUGGCGCGGAAGAGGAUGUAGAUGCUGAGCUCGAUGGUGGCGUAGAUGAGGAAUGUGAAGAGGAGGAUGUUGACUGUGAUGCGGAGGGUGAUGGUGAAAGUCAUGCCGAUGGUGAGGGUGGUGAUGGCGAGAAAUCUGCGGAUGGCAAACCUGCAAGCGAUAAGAAGGGUAAUGAGAAGCCACCAUACUCCUACAAUGCGCUCAUCAUGAUGGCCAUACGACAGAGUUCGGAAAAGCGCCUAACGCUGAAUGGCAUCUAUGAGUAUAUUAUGACAAAUUUCCCCUACUACCGUGACAAUAAGCAGGGCUGGCAGAACUCGAUACGCCACAAUCUCAGCUUGAAUAAAUGUUUUGUGAAGGUGCCACGGCACUACGACGAUCCCGGUAAGGGUAAUUACUGGAUGUUAGACCCGUCGGCAGAAGAUGUUUUCAUUGGCGGUUCGACAGGCAAACUGCGGCGUCGCACAACGGCCGCUUCACGUUCCCGACUCGCCGCCUUCAAACGAUCUCUCAUCGGCCCCAUGUUCCCAGGAUUGGGUUACACGCAAUUCGGACAGUUUUUGUAUCCUCAACAAGCCGCCGCUAGUGCGGCUGCGCCCAGUUUACUCGCCAGCAUGUAUGGCCGUUACAAUACGUUUAUGCCAAAAAAUCCCGUUGCUGCCGCAGCCGCCGCCGCAAGCUUACCAAUGUCGAUGCAAUUCGGUGGUGGACCCACCUCACCCGCCUCCGUAAUGGCCAACUACAGCAGCGGCAUGGAACGUCUGUUGGGCUCCAUGCCACAUCAGGGACAUCCUGCAGCAGCCGCUGCGGCUACCAGUGAACUGUACCAGCGUCUACAAUAUCAGCAACUGUUGCAACAACAUGCUGCCGCCGCCGCCAUCGCUGCACAUCAACGUCAUCAGCAACAUUUGGCAGCUGGUGGUCCAGCGCCGCCAUCGUCUUUACAUCCCCAGCAUAUGCAACAUUUAGCGGUGUCUCCACAUCAACAACAAUUGCAAAUCGGUGCACAUCCUGCCUCGCCCGGUCAACCAUUAUCGCCGUCGGCUAUCGCGUUGGGUGCGCCACCGGCAACCGGCACAGCGGCCUUGUCGCCCAUACUCAAGCCGGUGACGGUGGUGGCGCGCAGCGACAGCUGAGUGGACGCACCUUACGCGGCAACCGAGGAGGCUGUAUGUAUAUAGUUAUAGUGUAUAACGGUAUAUAUGUAUCAUAUAUAGUUGAUAAAAGCUGUUAGUUAAUUAAAUCUAAGUAAAUUUGUAAACUACGCUUAUGACUUGUUGGUAGCAGCGCAUCGCGUUGUGCUCGCUUUGCAAAGGCUUUGAUUGUAAACUUAGCAAAUUCAAAUUGGUAUUAAUAAUAUAUGGGCGCCAGUAAUUGCCUACCGAAAUCUGCUAGUAAUUGAAGAAUAUGAAAAAAGAAUUAAUUAAAAAAUUAAAAUAAAUAAAAACUGAAAAUUUCAAAAAUAAAAAAAAAAAUAAAUUUAGCAUAAAAUUACGUGGAAAUUGCUGAAAGCAAUUAUCGCAUUGCUUUUGCAUAUUUACAUUGACGCGAUUUAUGUUUGAGUAUGUAUGUGUAUGUAUUAAAAAAUAUAUAAUAAAUAAAAAAAUGUUAG